AAAUAAAGAGAGAUCAAAGAUCUCCGACUUGGGUUCCCAUUUGUGCUCUCCGAAAACCCAGAAAGUAUGGCGUUUAAUCAGAGCUUCUGCUUCUGCUUUUCCAUUGUUUUCCUCUUCCUCCUUCUGGGUCUUCCUGCUUCUUCUUCCUCUCCAACUUUCAUUUCAGAUGGUGUCUUUGACUCUCAGGCUUCUGUCGGCCGGCACUUGCUGCAGGCCAAGAAAGGUUGUCCAGUGAACUUUGAGUUUUUGAACUACACUACUAUCACAAGCCAAUGCAAGGGACCCCAAUACCCUGCUAAACAGUGUUGUGAUGCAUUCAAGGAAUUGGCUUGCCCUUAUGCAGAUGUGCUUAAUGACUUGACAAACGAAUGCGCUUCAAUUAUGUUCAGCUACAUUAACCUCUACGGAAAGUACCCACCUGGACUUUUCGCCAAUGAGUGCCACGACGGAAAGGAAGGUCUGGAAUGCCCUGCCUUACCACCAUCUACGCAGGUGGCCAAGGAUGUAAAUGGGGCUCAUACCACACGCUACCCAUCUCCGUUGCUAAUGCUAACCGCCGGCAUCCUAGCGUUGUUGUUCCGGUUACUAUGAAUUUCCUGACCAUUUUCCGCCACUUAGUAUAUUCUUAUGGCGUGAGAAAAUUUACAAUUUUUUCAUUCAUCAGGUUUCCAUCCAUGUUUCUUCCGCAAGUGCUAGAGCUAUAAGAUACUUUCCAUUUAAUUAAAUUAAAUAUUAUCACUCUGUGGGUGGCAUUUGUAAUUUGUAAUAUUUGUAAGUCCUUUUGUGCAAUACCUUGACAGCUAUAAUAUGCGCGUUGAAUGAUCUGUGUGAAAUGAGCUGGAUUUUGUAAUGUGUGGACCACCCAAGUGCAAUUAUCUUCAUAUUA